UGUUUCUCUCCUCUUAGCGAUAGGCAUUCUACCAAAAUGACCAUGGUAGAUCCGCGCUACUCCGCAACCGACGAGUCGUGGCGUCUGCUCGACCUCGUACUGGACUCGUUCGCUUCGGACCACGUCUCGCUGCCGACCGCGGCUCGCUUGCGCGUAAAAAGCAACGUCACCUUCCGCGCGUCGCGCGAUUUUCCAUACUUCCCCAUUCCCUUCAAGGAAACUGAGACUACAGCGGCGCUAAAGGCCAUUGAGGCAGCUGUUGCUGCUUCACUUUUGGACGUCAGAAAUGGCGUGGAUGGGAAGAGAAACAUCACGGUCGACCUGGAGCGGACGACUGCGUUUUUGUUCCAGGCAUAUCUUGCCACGGUUGGUGGUCUGGGAAAGCUAGAUCCUAAGGUAAAAGACUUCCUAAAAGACACGGAUUUGCUAAAGGCGCAGUCCGAUCCUUAUCGGCGCAUGAGUGCAAAUCUGUACGAAACUAAGCGCUCAGGGGAAUAUUACCAUAUCCAUGGAUCCCUCGAGGCGUCGACUACUCUGGGCAUGAUUGGCCUGGAUCCCUUUCGCCCAGAUCUUAAAACUCAUGAGGAGAUCUCAAGCACAAUUGAGUCUGCCGUCAAGCAAUUCACAGUCGAGGAACUCGAGCAGAUGAAUGCAGAAAAUCGACAAGCCGGGGUGCCUGUACUCAAGCAUGAAGAUUUUCUCAGAACGCCACAUGGUCAAGUGGUAUCCAAAAGCGCCCCCUGGUCAGUCGUAGCCCUUGAAGAAGACACACCCCCAUGCCCACUCCCCGCUGCAAAGGACAACCGCCCUCUAUCGGGUAUCAAAGUCUUGGAGAUGUGCCGCAUAAUCGCCGGACCGACGAUCGCGCGGAUUUUGGCCGAGUACGGCGCCACGGUGCUUAAGAUUACCAGCCCGAACUUGAGCGACGUGCCAUUCUUCCAAGUCGACGGCAACAUGGGCAAGCACGCCGCAGACUUGGACCUCAAGACGCCAGCCGGCCGUGCCGAGCUUGAGAAAUUGCUGGCAGACGUCGAUAUUGUGGUGGAUGGCUACAGGCCGGGGGCAUUGGAAAAGCUCGGAUAUGGACCUGAAGCGUUGAGCAAGUUGGCCAAGGGCAGGGGUAAGGGGUUCGUGUAUGUGAACGAGAACUGUUUUGGUUACGAGGGCGAGUGGGCUCACCGUCCUGGCUGGCAGCAAAUUGCGGAUUGUGUCACCGGGAUAGCCUGGGAGCAAGGCCGCUUCAUGGGCCUAUCCGAACCCGUCGUGCCCCCAUUCCCCAUCUCCGACUACGGCACCGGCUGCAUGGGCGCCAUCGCCGCGCUGACGGGACUCCUGAACCGCACCGAGCGCGGCGGUUCCUGGCACGGCCGCGCAUCGCUGGUGCAAUACGACAUGCUCCUCUUCCGCGCCGGCGCGUACCCCGAAGAUGUCUUGCGGCAGCUGCGGGAGGAGGGCUGCUCUCUUAGCGGCUUCGAGGCGCUACGGCACGACAACAGCGUCGACCAGAUCAGCGGUACGGUGUUGCGGGGGAUGCGAGAGCGGUUCCCGGACUUUUUCACCAGGGACGACCUGAUGGACUGCUGGGUUUCGGCAAGAUACGGCACAGAAGUGAGGGUUGUUGCGCCAGUGGUGGAUAUUGAAGGGGCAGAGGUUUCUUUCUCGAGGGCGAGUCGGCCUAAUGGGUCGGAUCCUGCGAGCUGGGAGUUUGGCGAUGAUGGUGAUUAUCGGAAGAAGGGAUGAUCGUAGCUGCGGUGGACAUAUAGACGUUAGAAUCAUAUCUCUGGUAAUACCCGGGUAAUUAAAGAGACAACACGACAAGUUAAU